AUGGUUGAUGCUUCAACCGUUGCCGUAGGAGCAGUCCUCCAACAGCAUAUCAACAACUCGACACGACCGUUGGCAUUCUUCUCCAAGAAGCUUUCACCUGCCGAGACGAGAUAUAGCACGUUUGGCCGUGAACUUCUUGCCAUUUACCUAGCCGUAAAACAUUUCCGACACUUCCUUGAGGGUCGUGACUUCACCAUUUUCACAGACCACAAACCACUUACAUUUGCCAUCCGAUCCCAUUCUGACAAAUAUAGCCCGAGAGAGAUUUCUCAUUUGGAUUACAUCUCGCAAUUCACCACCGACAUCCGCCACAUUGAUGGCCCGAAGAAUGUGGUGGCUGAUAUGCUGUCCAGACCCUCACUGUCUUCCCUCCAACUCUCACACGGGAUCGAUCUUUGUGCCAUGGCGGCUGAGCAGCAGCGAGUCGGUUGUCCUGGCGACGAGUCUGUUAGUGGUCUUCAACUCAAAGACGUUCCUCUGACCACCGGCUCUGGUACCAUACUUUGUGACGUCUCAACUCCCUUUCAUCGCCCUUUUGUGCCCGCCUCGAUGCGUCGAGCUGUAUUUCAAACUCUGCAUGGACUCUCCCACCCUGGGAUCCGAGCCUCUCAAAAGCUCCUCGCGGAAAGGUUUGUCUGGCCUGGCAUGAACAAGGACGUCAAAGCUUGGGCCCGGUCGUGUCUGAGCUGCCAGCGCAACAAGGUGCAGAGUCACAACAAGUCCCCAUCAGGCACAUUCCCCAGUCCCGACGCACGGUUCAGCCAUGUGCAUCUGGAUGUCGUAGGCCCCUUGCCUCCAUCCAAUGGUUUCACCUACCUACUUACCUGUGUCGAUCGAUAUACUCGCUGGGCUGAAGCUAUUCCUUUGCCGAAUGUUCAGGCUGAAACCAUCGUGAAGGCCUUCGUCAGUCGUUGGGUCGCCAUGUUCGGUGCCCCAUCCACGGUUACGACUGAUCGUGGUGCCCAGUUUGAGUCAGCACUCUUCCAAACGCUACUCAAUUUCCUUGGCUGCACACGCAUUCGGACGACAGCCUACCACCCCGCUGCCAACGGUAUGGUGGAACGUUUCCACCGCCAGCUAAAGACCGCCCUGCGUGCCGUAGAAGACCCAGGAAACUGGUCGGACAACCUUCCUCUUGCACUCCUCGGCAUCCGCGCAGCUCUGAAGUCGGAUCUGGGCUGUAGCGCAGCUGAAUUGGUUUUCGGCACUACCCUCCGACUGCCAGGCGAGAUGAUCACCCCAACCUCUCGUGGAGCCGACGAGACUCCUGACAAUCUUGUGCACCGUUUGCGGCAAUUUAUGCGCUCGCUUUCCCCGGUUCCACCUCGAACUCCUAUGACUGAGUCUUAUGUCGAAAAAGACUUGGACAAGUGUACUCAUGUGUUCGUCCGGUGUGACCGUGUGCACCAGCCGCUGGAAUCCCCUUACGAAGGACCGUUCCGUGUGCUCGCGCGCAACGCCAAAACCUUCCGGAUUCUUCGCAGUGACAAGGAGGACGUGGUCAGUGUCGAUCGGGUCAAGGCUGCUGUUGCGGAGGAGCCGCCGGACCUGUCACAAGGACAAACAUGUGCUGACCCCCUAACCCCUGUUCCUCCAUCUUCCCUAUCCCCUACUCGUUCACCCUGCCCACUGCCUUGCCUUUCCCCUCCCUUGCCCUCUACCCCUCCGUCCCGCAUACUUCCUCUCCCUACAUGUCAACAGCAUCCAACUGCAACACCAUCGUCCACCGCAGCACGCAGUCAACCCUCUUCGACUGUACCUCCUGCAUACAUAACUCGCAGUGGCCGUCACGUUCAUUUUCCCGAUCGUUUAGUUACCCAUUUUUUCUAG